AUGAAGGUGCUCCCGGCAUCUGGCCUUGCUGUGCUCCUCGUCACGGCUCUGAAGUUCUCCACCGCCGCACCCUCCCUAUUUGCAGCCACCCCCAGGACCUCAAGGAGCAACUACCACCUGGCACAGGCCUAUCUUGACAAGUAUUACACGAGGAAGGGAAACCACCCGCUGGGCGAGCUGACCGCGCGAGGAGCGGGUUCCCUGGUCAAGAAGAUCAAGGAGCUGCAGGCCUUCUUCGGCCUCCGGGUCACGGGCAAGUUGGACCGGUCCACGAUGGACGUGAUCAAGAGGCCCCGCUGCGGAGUUCCCGACGUGGCCAACUACCGCCUCUUCCCAGGUGAACCCAAAUGGAAAAAAAAUACUUUGACAUACAGAAUAUCCAAGUACACGCCGUCCAUGGCAGCUGCUGAUGUGGACAAGGCGGUGGAGAUGGCCUUGCAGGCCUGGGGCAGCGCUGUCCCCCUGAGCUUCAUCAGGGUGACCUCGGGAGAAGCGGACAUUAUGAUAUCUUUUGAAAGUGGAGACCACGGGGACUCCUAUCCAUUCGAUGGGCCUCGAGGGACCCUAGCCCAUGCGUUUGCACCCGGAGAAGGUCUGGGAGGGGACACCCAUUUCGACAAUGCCGAGAAGUGGACUAUGGGAAUGAAUGGUUUCAACUUGUUCACUGUAGCUGCUCACGAGUUUGGCCACGCACUGGGCCUGGCCCAUUCCACAGACCCCUCGGCACUGAUGUACCCGACCUAUAAGUACCAGCGUCCCUUCGGAUUCCACCUGCCCAAGGACGAUGUGAAAGGGAUCCAGGCCCUGUACGGACCCCGGAAAACAUUCCCAGGAAAGCCCACCGUGCCGCACGCCCCACCUCAAAGUCCAUCCACCCCCGACCUCUGUGACUCCAGCUCAUCCUUUGAUGCCGUGACGAUGCUUGGGAAGGAGCUCCUGUUCUUCAGGGACCGGAUUUUCUGGCGUCGUCAGGUACACAUGAUGGCAGGGAUCCGGCCCAGCACCAUUACCAGCUCCUUCCCCGAGCUUAUGUCCAACGUGGACGCAGCUUACGAAGUGGCCGAGAGGGGUACCGCCUACUUCUUCAAAGGCCCCCACUACUGGAUAACAAGAGGGUUCCAAAUGCAAGGUCCUCCUCGCAUGAUUUAUGACUUCGGCUUCCCAAGGUAUGUGCAGCGAAUAGACGCUGCCGUCUACCUCAAGGACGUGCAGAAGACCCUUUUCUUUGUCGGAGAUGAGUACUACAGCUAUGAUGAACGAAAAAGGAAAAUGGAAAAAGACUACCCAAAGAAUACCGAAGAGGAAUUUUCAGGAGUUAAUGGCCAAAUAGAUGCUGCUGUGGAAUUAAAUGGCUACAUUUACUUCUUUUCAGGACCAAAAGCAUACAAGUAUGACACCGAGAAGGAAGAUGUGGUCAGUGUGCUGAAAUCUAGCUCCUGGAUUGGCUGCUAG